AAAAAAAAUUAGGUUUACACUUGAGCAUUCAAAAAUCCCCAAAUCUCUCAUUUUUAUUCUCAACCAAAACCUUCAAAAUUUCUCCCAAAAUUUUUUCACUCUUUUUUGCAUUUCUAUGCAUAAAUAAACAAACUUCAAGCAUCACAGGCAUGGUGGCAUGGUGCUUCCUUUCACCAAAUUCAUUCUAUUACAAAACCCCUUUCUCAAAAAGGUUCCACCUUUGCAAAAAUUUCUUUGUGGGCAUGUCUAUUUCCACCAAUUGAAUCCAUAUUCGCAAAAAAUUUCAACUUUUGAAAACUGUGAGAGAUUAUCAUGGGAACGUUCAACACAAGAAAUUUUAUUGGGUAAGCUUAAAUUUGCUUUGAGGAAUAAUCAAUUACAAGAAGCAUUGGAAACUUUUCGUGAUUUUAGAAAGCUUUAUGGUUACCCUGAGGUUAAUUUAUUGAAUCAGCUUAUUGUUCAGUUGUGUUAUUCUUGUAAUCAUGUUUGGGUGAGAAAAUCAUGUGAUUUAGCUUUGAAAAUUGUUGAAGAGAAUUUUGGUUUGAUUCAUGUUGAUACAUUAACAAAACUUGCUUUGUCAUUAGCUAGAAUGCAAAUGGCGUCUCCGGCUUCGGUUGUACUUAGGUUGAUGCUUGAUAAAGGGUUUGUGCCAUCUAUGAAUUUAUUGUCCUUGAUUGUUUUUCAUAUUGUGAAGACAGAAAUUGGAACUUAUCUUGUAUCUACUUAUUUGUAUCAAGUUUGUGAGUUCUAUAAUAGUUUGAAGGAUAAAAAAGCUCAAUGUGCGGUUUUGUUGAAGCCGGAUACUUUGAUAUUUAAUCUUGUUCUUGAUGCUUGUGUGAGGUUUAAGUUGUGUUUGAAAGGCUUGUGUCUGAUUGAGUUAAUGGCUCUGACCGGGACAGUGGCUGAUGCACACUCGAUUGUGAUAAUUUCGCAGAUUUUAGAGAUGAAUGGUUUGAGAGAUGAAAUGAUGGAAUUAAAAUGUCAUAUUGAUGGAGUUUCGGCUGCUUAUGUUCGGCAUUAUCGUCAGUUCUAUGAUAGUUUGUUGAGCUUGCACUUUAAAUUUAACGACGUUGAUGCUGCGGCUAAGCUUGUUUUGGAUAUGAAUAGCUCACAUAGUCACAAUAAUUUAGAAUGUAGGUACCACUUACAAAAACCAUGCUUUAUUGCUGUUGGAUCGCCUAAUCUUAAGAAUGCAUUAAAGAUACAUAUAGAGCCUGAACUACUGCAGAAGGACUCUGUGCUUAAAUUGGAAGGUAGAGAAGGUCUUGUUUUUUAUAGGGGUGGGAAACUUGUUCUUAGUAAUAGAGCUUUGGCUAAGUUGAUCAUUGGUUACAAGAAAGACAGUAGAAUUAGUGAACUUUCAAAACUUUUACUUAGCAUUCAAGGGGAACAAUAUUCAGUGGCAGGAUCCAGUUUGUCUUCUGAUGUGAUUAGGGCUUGCAUUAAGAUGGGAUGGCUUGAGUCUGCUCAUGACAUUUUGGAUGACUUAGAGGCUGUCGAGUCUCCAAUCGGCCGCGACAUGUAUAUGUUACUGUUAUCAGCAUAUCAGAAGGAGGGAAUGCAAAGAGAAGCUAAGGCACUGCUUAAACAAAUGAAAAAGAUUAAUUUGUACAAAGAAUUGUCUGAUGAUGCUAUUGAUAAACACACUCUUUAUGAAGAAAAUUCAAAUUUGGUUGGUAAAUCAGAUUUGUCUGUCGCCUUGGCUCAAGUGUUGAAAGAUGAAAAUCAGACCGAUAUUCCUUUGGUGUAUAACUUCAAUUCUUCGAUCUUCUUUUUCUGCAAGGCAAGAAUGAUGGAUGAUGCACUGAGAGCAUAUAGAAGAAUGUGUGAAAUGAAAAUUCAACCGACAAACCAAACUUUUGCUCAUCUCGUGCGUGGAUAUUAUUCUCUUGGUAUGUAUCGCGAGAUUACAUACUUGUGGGGAGACAUCAAGAGAUUCAUGAAGAACAGCUAUUUGGUUGUAGAUAGAGAUCUAUACGAAUUACUGCUGCUAAAUUUCAUUCAAGGUGGUUACUUUGAGAGAGUGAUGGAGGUAAUUGGCCAUAUGAAUGACCGUAACAUGUAUACCAACAAGUUGAUGUACAAAAGUGAGUUCCUUAGACUUCAUAAGAAUCUUUAUAGGAGUUUAAAAGCAUCAGAUACAAGAACAGAAGCACAAAGCAAAAGGCUUGAGCAUGUUCAGGAAUUUAGGAAAUGGGCUGGUAUUGAUUAAAAGUUCUGGAAAUAUUCGUGUGUCGAUGUACCUGCAUCGCGUGAGCCUUGUGAAUGUUAUGUCUGCUUAGGCUUAUUUGAAAUAUGUUUAAUUUUGAUUCUGGCUCAACUUUAGCAUGAGGAGCAUUGGGUGGAAAUUUUUGUUUCAUGUCACUUACCCUAUCUAUCACCCAAUUUGAAAUGGAUUUAUUAUUUGAUCUCGUCAUGCAAUGCAACUCACAUUAGACUCUAAGAGGAAGGAGAAGUCGUAACAAGGUUUCCGUAGGUGAAUAUGCGGAAAGAUCAUUGUCGAUACCUUACACGCACUCCAACACGUGAUUAAGUUAGAACACAUAGGGUUGGCUUGAGGUGUUCAACACCUCAGCUUACCUCUGGUUCAGAGGUGGACGGCGAAGUGCGUUCUCCUUGUGCCAAACUAACAUUAGGUUGUAAGAUCGAGAAGGCAGUUUAUGGGUUGUUUGGCAUCCUUCAAAAAUGCCUUCCAGCGUUUUGAAUGUGGAUGGGAGCUAUUUUAGGAACCCAAUGCAUUGGAGGCUUACUGAGAGCUGCUGAGGCUAGGUGGAUUUUGGGAUUCUUGGCCACAUUAGCCAUUUUAGCAAUCUUUAAUGUGGAGCUUCAGGCUAUGUUCAAUGGUUUCAAUUGGUGAAAUGAUACAUUAUCUAAAUUUGGUCUGUUACUCAGCAAAAAUGCAAAGAUACUUUUAGUGUAUUGUUACUCAAUCAAUUUUUUUUAUUACCACAGAACCAAACAUGCACCAAGAUUGUUAGUCAAACCAAGUUUGGCUUUCAAUUGACAUGAAAGCAAGUGUCUUUGUUACUUUUUCAUUUUCUAUGAAGAGAUUUCACUCACCAAUAAGCAACUUAGAGAAUAUAAUAUUUAUUUAAACUUAUUAUUUGCAAUUACACGUUCAAAAAUGCUUUUCAAUAGUAUCAUCCAAACAAAUGAUCUUGGCAGACAUGUUACUGAUAAAAACAUAAAAUCAUGAUUAGAGUUAAUUCAUUUUAACCAAACUUAAGUUUGCAAAAUGAGGCAUAACCAAACUUAAAUUUGCAAACUCCAGUCCCAUCACACCUUUUUUUUUUUCCGCAUAUAUUUCUCCAUAAUUUGAGUAAAAAUUGUAUAAUUUUGAUGGUACACCGGUGAGGACUUGAUAGCUCCCUUACUUUGAAGUCACCAUCCUAUUAAGAUGUUAAAGACUAACAUGCCGACUUUCUUAUAUUUUAGGGACUAGUCGAUAAAAUUCAUAUACAUUAGAGACUAAUUAUUAAUUUUAUAUAUUUAGGACUAAAUUGAUUGAGUAAAUUUUAUUAAAAAAAAA